UCGGGAAAAUGACAAAUACUGGCACACGGCCAAAUCCGUCAUAUGCAAAAACAAACUGGAGAAAACGAGAAUUCCAACCUCGUCACGGAUUUACUCGUUAUUUUCCAGAUGUGAAGAGAAACCAUAAUGACAUGGAUAUAUUGAUCAUCGCGCUUGUCGUCUGUAUGAUCAUUGCUAGUGUAAUUUCAGUUGACUCAACACGAUCGCCAAGCUACAUAGAACCUGGCCAUGACAACAAGAUUUGUGACGCAGUCCUUUCUACUAAGUGGUACAGAUUGGUUGGAGACGCGGGGAGCGAUCUGACAAAUGACAGCAGUGUUUUAGUUUCUGAUGGAUGUGGGACAUCGUAUCAGCGCUGGAUGAGCGGUACUGUUCCAGAUGUGUCAGAAGGAAUCGUGGACCGCGAAAUAUGUCUGAGAUCAGUCUUCUCAAUCUGUCAAAGCAGCUUCACUAUCCAAGUAAAGAACUGCUGUUCUUUCCGAGUUUAUCACCUCAGGAGUGCAACCAAUUGUCCGCAGGCCUACUGUGUUAGUCCCAGUCUUGUUUCGUCUGUUAAUUGUUCACAAACAUCUUGGGAUACUACUACCACCAGUAGUUCCAGCUCGGCCAAGACAACCACCAGCACCAUACAAAUAACCGGGGUUAUCACUGGCAGUUCUACUACAGCUGUUCGACAGGAGACUGGUCCCAGUGGUGUUCCGUGCGUUGACUGCCCUCACCACACUGCGGAUAAUACUAGUCCUGUCGAGACAACCACGUCUGUUCACCAUGACACUGGCGACCAAUAUAUUACCAUCGUCAAUGUCAUCGAUUCUAAAGUGCUGAUCACCGUAAUUGUCCCCCUGGUCGCCGUAGUGAUGACAAUCAUAGGAAUCUCCAUAUACAAGUCAUACAAGAGUAGAAAAGUGGACACAGAGAGAGACUCGACAUACUGUGCUCCAGUUCUAUACCGACAAGAACCACCAGAACAUGUUUAUUUGGAUGCAUGCAUUCCGGCUGUUGCAGUGGAGAGAGGCGGGGUAAACAACAGGACAACUACCUAUACUGGACAUGGGAGGGAGCCUAUAUGCAAUAUUAACCAGUGUGGUUUCCAAUCAUGAUCCCGAAUUACAAAACUCUGUCAUAAUAUUUAUUAUUAUCAUCAUUAUUUUUCACUUUUCUUAUCACAUUUAAACACUUGAGAAUAUGUAAAUGUUAUUUCUUUCGUAAGUAGUGUUACACAAAUACAACUAUUUUUUUUACGAUUGUUAAGUCCCAGAACAAAUGUUCUAAAGUUUCCGUUUUCGUUGUUAUUUUACAGAAAUUUCGUAAUUCCGUUACAGAUGUACGUUUUUUCAUCCGCAAUUUAUAAUGUAUCGUGUAAUUAAUUCUGUGUAUCAAGUCGAUCGUGGAAACACUGUAAAUCGGUAUCAGCAGUAUCAGAGAAAAGGAGGGUAAAGACAUAUUGCCAUUGUAGCUUCGAUUUAAGAAACUGUAGUUUGUCUUCCCAUUUACUUACUGCCUUGUCAGGAAAUGCGCUGUUUUUCAGGCAAUAAAAGGUUAAGUAAUUUCUUAA